CACGACAAACCUGUUAAUGUUUCACGUCACUGCGGUAUGACCUUGUCCCUUCGGCUUACGGCAAAUUAUACCCUUUUAGCAUGGUGUUAUAUACACAAGCUGUAGAUUUCGGCAAUUGCAAAGUUUUCACCCGCACACCCGCCUACAACUGCUGAAAAACAUUUUUUGUAUUUCUUCAGAAAAAAGACUGUAAGACUGUUGUACUGUGAAUAUAUACGGAAUCAAUGGCCCCUGUCGUACAGAACUAUCGAAUAUUCAAUGUGAUCGUCGACCGGACCAGCGAAUCGGGAAUGUGUACGGACCAUCCUUUCUACUGCGGUGUAAUGACGAACACAAGUGCUGCGGCUAGUCACAUGGACGAGCAUCACUCGUGUCAUUUAUCAAGAACAUCAUACAAGCAAAAAUAACGA